CAGACGAGAAGAAGAAGAGAGAGAGGCGAGGUGACCGCAGUGCAGUGGAGUCGGCUAGUGGAGGAGUGGCGGUAUUAAAACCAGCAGCAGCGAGGCCACCUUGCCCUCCUUCCCCUUCCUCCACCAACCACUCCCCUCCAAUCCAAGAGAAGGCAGCAACGAGCACGGUGCCAUGGCGGCAGAGGGAGCUGCGAGCGCGAGCCUUCGUGGGCCAUGACUACCGCGAGUCCUUGUUGCGUUGUAGCGCUAGCGGCGAAGUCGUGGAGAGGAGAGGCGGGAUGGCUGCGGCGGCGGUGGGGGUGGGGGCGGGGGCAAGGGGGGAGAGGCUCUCCUCGUCGUCCCCGACGGCGGUGGGGCCGCAGGUGGACGCCGGGAAGUACGUGCGGUACACGCCGGAGCAGGUGGAGGCGCUGGAGCGGGUGUACACCGAGUGCCCCAAGCCCAGCUCGCUCCGCCGCCAGCAGCUCAUCCGGGAGUGCCCCAUCCUCAGCAACAUCGAGCCCAAGCAGAUCAAGGUCUGGUUCCAGAACCGCAGAUGCCGGGAGAAGCAGCGCAAGGAGGCCUCCCGGCUGCAAACUGUUAACCGGAAGCUGAAUGCGAUGAACAAGCUGUUGAUGGAGGAGAAUGACCGGCUGCAGAAGCAGGUGUCUCGUCUCGUCUAUGAGAAUGGCUACAUGCGGACUCAACUCCACAAUCCUUCUGCGGCCACCACAGAUACAAGCUGUGAGUCUGUGGUGACAAGUAGUCAGCAUCAACAGCAAAACCCAGCGGUUCUGCAUCCGCAAAGGGAUGCGAACAACCCAGCAGGUCUUCUUGCUAUUGCUGAGGAGACCUUGGCAGAGUUCAUGUCCAAGGCGACAGGAACUGCUGUCGAAUGGGUGCAAAUGGUUGGGAUGAAGCCUGGUCCGGAUUCCAUUGGAAUCAUCGCUGUUUCGCACAAUUGCAGUGGCGUAGCAGCACGAGCUUGCGGCCUUGUGAGCCUUGAGCCCACAAAGGUUGCGGAGAUCCUCAAGGAUCGCCCCUCUUGGUACCGUGAUUGCCGAUGUGUCGAUAUCAUCCACGUUAUCCCUACGGGUAAUGGUGGAACCAUUGAGCUAAUCUACAUGCAGACUUAUGCACCGACAACUUUGGCGGCACCACGUGACUUUUGGACGCUCCGCUACACCAGUGGACUUGAAGAUGGGAGUCUUGUGAUAUGUGAAAGGUCAUUGACUCAGUCCACUGGAGGCCCAUCUGGGCCUAACACUCCAAAUUUUAUCAGAGCCGAGGUGCUUCCCAGUGGUUAUCUGAUUCGACCAUGCGAGGGAGGUGGCUCCAUGAUUUACAUUGUGGAUCAUGUUGAUUUGGAUGCAUGGAGUGUGCCUGAGGUCCUUAGACCGCUCUAUGAAUCUCCAAAGAUCCUUGCUCAGAAGAUGACUAUUGCAGCAUUGCGACACAUUAGGCAAAUUGCACAUGAGUCAAGUGGUGAAAUCCCCUAUGGUGCUGGGCGGCAGCCUGCUGUUUUCAGGACCUUCAGUCAAAGGCUCAGUAGAGGUUUCAAUGAUGCUGUUAGCGGAUUUCCAGAUGAUGGCUGGUCUUUGUUGAGCAGUGAUGGUAGUGAGGACAUUACAAUAUCAGUAAACUCAUCUCCAAACAAGCUUGUUGGAUCCCAUGUCAGCCCGAACCCUCUAUUUUCGACUGUCGGAGGUGGCAUCUUGUGUGCAAAGGCAUCAAUGUUACUUCAGAAUGUCCCUCCUGCUCUUCUUGUGCGAUUUCUGAGGGAGCAUCGUUCUGAAUGGGCUGAUCCUGGUGUUGAUGCUUAUUCUGCUGCGUCUUUACGGGCCAGCCCAUAUACAGUUCCAGGCUUAAGGACUAGUGGUUUUAUGGGCAGUCAGGUUAUACUACCCCUUGCACAUACCUUAGAGCAUGAAGAGUUCUUGGAGGUAAUUAGGCUCGAAGGACAUGGUUUUAGCCAUGAUGAGGUGCUUCUAUCACGGGAUAUGUACCUUCUACAGCUUUGCAGUGGGGUUGAUGAGAAUGCUACCAGUGCAUCUGCACAGCUUGUGUUUGCUCCAAUUGAUGAAUCUUUUGCUGAUGAUGCACCACUACUACCCUCAGGAUUCCGUGUGAUACCACUAGAUACAAAGAUGGACGUGCCAUCUGCAACACGCACACUUGACCUUGCAUCUGCCCUUGAGGUUGGACCGGGUGGAGCUUCACGUGCUUCAACUGAUGCAUCUGGCGUGUGCAACAGAUCAGUCCUGACCAUUGCUUUUCAAUUCUCAUAUGAGAACCACCUUCGCGAUAGUGUGGCAGCAAUGGCUAGGAAUUAUGUCAGAGCUGUGAUGGCAUCUGUGCAGAGGGUGGCUGUGGCCAUAGCUCCUUCCCGGCUUGGACCUCAGAUCGGAAUGAAGCACCCUCCAGCCUCUCCUGAGGCACUCACCCUUGCUAGCUGGAUUGGCAGGAGCUAUAGGGUUCACACCGGAGCAGAUAUCCGGUGGUCUGAUACCGAAGAUGCUGAUUCUCCCCUGGCGCUCCUGUGGAAACACAACGAUGCAAUACUAUGCUGUUCUCUGAAGCCUGCUCCUAUGUUCACCUUUGCCAACAAUGCUGGCCUCGAUAUCCUCGAGACGACGCUGGUCAACCUCCAAGACAUCUCGCUCGAGAUGAUCCUGGAUGAUGAGGGCCGGAAGGCGCUGUGCUCAGAGUUCCCCAAGAUCAUGCAGCAGGGUUUCACCUACCUCCCUGGUGGCGUGUGCAAGUCGAGCAUGGGGCGGCAGGCGUCGUACGAGCAGGCGGUGGCAUGGAAGGUUCUGAGCGACGACGACGCCCCACACUGCCUCGCCUUCAUGCUGGUCAACUGGACCUUCAUGUGAUCCAUAGCUUGCACUGGUGCUUUUGCUCUGUGCCAGCAUUGUGAAGAAGACCUUCAUACCACUGUGUUGUAUUAACCAUGUGCAUGGUGCCUUAUCCUAGCUUUCUACCUGCACCUGUGUAUGGUCUCCCUGUUUGAAGCUUAGAGUUUUAGAACCCUGUUAUGGAUUAUGAUCAAGACCCUAGUUGUUUUUGCUGCUGUGUGAUGAACAACAUUCAGGACCUAUAUCUCUCUCUAUCUAUGUGUGUAUGCUUGAACAAUGAGCAUUAAGUUACCUUGGUUUGUGCUGUCCUGAACCAGUGUCGUUGCAGCUAUGUUGCAUUAUUCGUCUACAGCUGCAAUGGCAUCAAUGUGGCAGUUCCGCCCAGGGUUCACAGUACUGAAAACGGUUCAAGAACAGCUCAUCAGUAGUAUGUCUGGAAUUCACAAA